AUGUUAGGGAAUUUACUGAAAAAUAAUGGGACUUCCACUGUUAAUUCUAGUUCUAGUCCCAGUCCUCGACCACCUAGUGUAAAGAGUACCGUUACAAGGCAGUCUUCAAUGAAAUAUGUAGAUAAUUUCGAAACUAAUUCAAAUUAUUCAAUAGAGAAUAAAAAUAUGAUUGAUAGUUUAAGAGAGGAUUCAAAUGGUAAUAAUUCUGAUAGAAAGACUAUCUCUAAUGAUGUAUCGCCUAGUAUUUCUGCUGUAACUUUGAAUAACGAUAAUAAUACUAAUAAUAAUAAUAAUAUAUCGUCACAAUCUGCAUCUAUGUUUUUAAGAUCUUUGCUAGAAAGUUCCAAGAGUAAUAAUAGUGUUUCUCCUGUGAAUACCACAGAUAAUUCGUUAGGGAAGGAUGAAGAAAGUGAUAUUAAUAACGAAGAGGAAGAGGACACACCAACUGUUCCAAAUCGUAAGGAUAGUAUACGAAAUUAUCCAAAGAUUUUAAGUCAAAUUGCAGAUGAUUCAAAAUUAGAACUCUUUGGUUGCAAGAUGAUGCCUAUAUCGAAAAACAUGGAGAAUGAAUCCUUUAUUUCUUUGAAUCCUACGUAUCCAUUUAGAAUCCUUGUCGCUGAAGAGACUGAACAGAUGGCAUGUAGAAGUAACUUUAAACUUUUCUUAGAUCAUAGUUAUCCAAGACAUUCCGAUAUUAGUAAAAUUAGACCAAAUGAAUUGAGGCAAUAUAUGUUUUGUUCCCUAUUUAGAGUGAUGAAUUCAAAGAAAUAUAAUAAAAAUGAAAAAUUUAGAGUCAUUCCAAAUUCAGAUUAUAUGAUAUUGACAAGAAUAUUUUAUCUUAAUUCUCCUUAUAAUAGAAUAGCCAUUAAUUUAUGUUUACCAAAGUUUCUAUUACCGGUUAUAACAGAAAUAUGGUGUUUUAUUCAAAAUUGGUGGGAUGAAUCCCAAAGAAUAUUGACAAAAAUUAUACUGGAACACAAGAGGAAUCCUAGUGGGCUGAAAGGUAAGAAAUCUUUGCAUGAUAUUCAAGAUAAUCAUGUUUUUAAUAAUAAAAAUAUGCUUGGAAAUUCCGCUCCUACUUUGCAAAAUAUUUUCCUUCAAACGUAUUCCAUGGAAUUUGAAAGAAUUAUUUCUAUAUUGAAAAAUUAUUUGUUACCUUGUUUUAAAUCAACAUUCGAAAUCCCAAGAUUGUUCCUUUUCCCACCUGAUGAUAUAAAAUUUGUGGAAACUUGGUUCAGAGGUUGUUUUAAAUGGAUAGAGUUAAAAGAUGGGCCUAAGUUGAAUUUGUUACAAACUUCUCUAGCGACAGUCAUAGUUAAUUAUAAACGUAUGCUGUUGGCGUCUGAUGAUGGUAACUCUAAAGAAAAUUCAAGGAUAAUAGUUUUGUCCGGGAAUGUUACAGUUGCGAAUAAGUUAAUAUUUUUAUUAUGUGGACUGUUAAAUAGAAAAAUACGGCAGAAUUUAAAUUUGAUAAAUCAACCACGUAGUAGAGAAAAGAUAACUACGCCUGUAAAGAAAGUUGAAGGAAUAGCUAUGCAGUCACGAUCAUCUCUUAACAAGGGUUCUAUCGAAUCCUCGCCAUCUUCAGUUUCUUCCUUCACAUCAAUGACAUCCACCAUGUCGAAUUCUUCUAGAUAUAAUUAUUCAAGAAAUGGUUGGGAAAUUCCACAACGCAUGGGUUCUUCAUCAGCUUCAAUUGCAAUAUCGCCAGCUGAUUCAACCACUGCAGAUGUAAUUCAACCUUCCUCGUUUAAAUCUGGACAUAAUUCUGUUCGAUACUUAUCAUCUUCUUUAUCAAGUCAACAAAACUCAUAUGGUUCGUGGUUUGCCUCUAGACCAUCAAUUACAAGGAUGCUUUCUAAAAGUCCCUCAGUCACAGAAUCGGAGUCUCCUUUAUUCAGAGCUCCACCUAAUGGAAUGAAAGCAACAAAUAAUUUUCAUAAAACAUCAAGUAGUACAUCAUUACAUCAGAUGGGAUUAGUUCGGAACAAUCCAGUUCCAUAUCACGCAUCUCAAGAAUCUAUAUCUAUGAUGGACUUUGAAGAAUCUCUUUGGGAUGGAACCCCAGAAUCUAUGAACAGUAUUGAUCUAUAUUAUGCGCCAACUAAUAGAACAUUGACACCUAAUGUUUAUAGUACUUCCGAGGUUGCUAAUGAUGGAACGUCCUUUCCAUCACCGCUGAAGGAUCUUAAUAUCCAGAGAGAUUGUCAAAGGAUCGAUGAGUCCACAAUGCUUGAUAAUGCAUUUGAUGUAAUUUGCGCCCCUGAAUCAGAUGAUAUUUUAACCGCUGAUCACCCUAGUAACUUUAGAAUAAUUACACCACAUGAAAAAUCAUCAAAGGCAUCUGUUAUUGACAUUGAUAUCAAUCUUAAUGAAGAAAUACAAGAGUCUGUCAAAUUUAAUGAAUUAUUACCAAGAUAUGCUGCAUAUCUUCCAAAUUUGAAUAGAUUUUAUCAAAUACAGGCUAAUCCGUAUGGCAAUGAGACAGAUAGUCAUAUUUUGACAACUAUGAGAAAGGAUUUGCGUUUGAAUCCAAAUAUUUCGGUGGUCAAGACAUUGGUAAUAUCCCUUCAGACAAGAGAAAUAUAUGAAAUGAUGGUUAAACAACAUGAAAUAGAGGAUAAAGGAUCUCAAAGAAUGAGGAGGAUAUUUAAGAACGGGAAAUUCUUAUUAAAGCAUUCAUCAUCUUCUAAAAAUGUUGUAGAUUGUACGAGAUUUAUUGAUUCUUCAUUUGAACGAGUGAGAACUAUAUAUAGAGAGAUAGAUUCCGAUUCCAGUAGUUCCGAUGAUCUCGGGGAUAGUUAUACUAGUGAAAUUUUGAAUAUUUUCAAUUCCAUUGUAAAUUAUUCGAAUAAUCUUUGA